GCAGUGUUCCGCGGGGGAGGGGUUGGUGUGCUGGACCCGGAAGCGGCAGUUUUGGUUCAGGCCAGCUGAAUCAUGAAUCCUGCUGUAACGAAGGUCCUGUGUGUAAGAAAUGUAAUGCUGUUAAAACAAGCUGCAUCUACAGUCACCAGGUUGACAUCCAUCAGACAGUCUCCUUUAUGGUUUACAGGUAAUAGCUUAGCCAGCAAGAGACAUUACAGGUCAAUGCCUACCCAUGGGAUCGGGAGGUAUAAAUACUUACUGCCUAAAGAAGUGCCACGGAAGAAAAGAGAGAAGUUACAGAUGAAGCAGCUUAAGCCUGGCACUGACACAGAAUAUGGUGUCUUAAAUAUCCAACUGACUGGCUAUGAUAUGACACUUGUAGAACACUAUAGUCAGUACAUACACCGGCUCUGCAAUCGACUGAAGAUCAAAGUGGAGGAAAGCUAUGCAAUGCCUACCAAAUCCACUGAGAUCUCCGUGUUGCAGGAACAAGGAACCAAGAUGAAUGUGGAAGGUGUUAUUCACUGUCAUGAGAGAAUUGUACAGAUUAGUGGUUUGAGUUCAGUUCUCGCCCCAAUAGUUGUGGAAGUCCUUCAAACCAAUCAGCCAGAAGGUGUACAGCUGUGCAUAAAGGAGCACACCGAAGCUGAAUUUAAUGCUCGGUUCAAGGCUCGGCCAGAAUUAGAAGGACUGAUAGCGCAAAUUAGUUGAGAAGACAUCUAAGGAAGGUGAUCAAGCCGAGGCAACUGUAUUUGGUGGCGUUAGAACUGUGACUGAAAAUUAUAUGUAGUGAUCAUUGUUUCAAGGACUUAAAAACAAGCAGAUUGUUGCGUGAUAUAUUGUUAAUAAAAUGAUUUCUAAAAGA